AUUCAACUCAAGUGUCUCAGAUUUGAGAUAUCUCUGAAAGGUAAUGGGACCCAUGUUGCAACGGUUCGGAUUCAUAGAGAAGUAAGGACUCGUUGUUUAUGAUGGAUAAUAUAGAACCAUAGAUAAUUGAUAGUAGCAAAACCAUCCCAUGGAUUAUGGAGUAUGUAUAUCAUCUAUUCCUCCUUGAAGCUCAAAACACAGGAAAACAGGUUUAGCAGGAGUAAGAGCAGAAUAUGAGGAGGUCGUUCGGGAGCAAUAGAAGGAUGGGAGGAGGAGGAGGAGGAGGAGGAGGGAUGUUAAGGACGGUUGGAAGGGCAGUUGGGGCCCGUGUGGGUGGAGUCCAGGAGGCUUUCUCCAGGUCCACCACCACCACCACAACCGCCGCCCACAACAAGCCCACCACCACGUCUAACCUCCGCUCUUCAUCAUCUUCUUCUUCGACUUCUUCACUAAACCUUCCCGUCUCUGAUACUUCUACGACUACCACACCCACUUGGCCUUUACGUCAUGAUUCUUACUCUUUCUGCCACGGUGAUAAGUGGGAAUGGGAAUCUGUAGAUGGAGAUGGAGUAGAGGAAGAAACAGCAAAUGGGUUUUCUGAGAGACACGUUUUUGGAUCUGUUCCUUCCAAAUGCGAAGUCGAAGAUGCUGUAUCUUCUCUUCAGCAGAUCAUUGCCCCAGCUUUAUGUUCCCAAAUUGUUGAGGAUAGAUCUCCAUCUAGUUCAGACAAGGAUGUGAUUCAUCAAAUUGGGAGUCCAACCAGUUUUAUGCACAGAGAUUCUCUGUAUGGUUCACCAAAGGACUGGAUUGAACCAGCCCUGAACCUUUACAAUCCAAGAGUUUCACAAUCUCGUCAAUGUGAAAGAGUUUAUGAUGCUUUUCAUUUACUUCAAACAGAGCCAUCUGUGCAGAGAAUGGUUAUUUCAUUGUCUACUGAUAAAGCCGUGUGGGAUGCUGUCCUGAACAACGAGGUGGUACGAGAGCUCAAGGAAUCAUUAUGUGCAGCUGAAAAUGGUAGCCAGCAGAGUUCCCAAGGAAGUUCCAAUGUGGCAGGGAGCAUUCUCAGGUUGAUAUUGGACGGCACCAAAGCAAAAGCUAUGGAACUUAUUGAAAAAAUUAGAAAGCUGGUGAACGAAAUAUUUCAGGCUCCUGAAAGGGAGAAGACCACAGAAGGAAUCUUGGGUCUCUUUGAAGACAGGCUGAGAUCAUCACUCCUGCUCUCUGUUGUGGUUCUCCUAAUUGUGGUCAUAAGUCGAUCCCAGAGGAUUUGAUCAUCAUUCGACGACAUAACAGCCUCAAAAACUAAUGGAUCAAGUUACUGUUAAAUUGCUGUUAAACAAGAGUAGUUUUCCUCGGAAAAAAAAAAAAGCUCAAAGAUGAGGAGAGGUUUCAUGAUUAGUCUAUGUUUUAUCAUUAAUUGGAUUUUUCAAGAGAAUUUAUGAUGGAAGUGAGGCUUAAUAUCUAAUGGCCUUUGUGUUGAUAUCCUUCCAUAGCACUGACCUUAUUGGGUGUAAUAUGCAUUUAGAAUCAUUUAGGCUAAAUGGAUAGGAGUGCAAAUAGGAUGAGUGUAAAUUUUUGUUUACUUUUGCUUCAGAUGUAAUUUUGUCAUACUUGUUUGUGAGACAUAAAAUGACAUGGUUCCCUCGUUAAAUGAAAGAGAAUGGAGGUAUGGGGAGAGUUAUCUGUUUGGGAA